GCUCGUGUGUUUGAGUUUUUUUUUCGCCAAGAUGGCGCCGGUGUGUAUAACUGAAUGGGCGACGCAAAGUGUACAACUGUAAAAGAAAAAAAAAAAUGUUUCCCGUACUUUUACAGGAUCUUCCUUUUAUAAUCUUUUCCCAGUUCGAGACUCGCUAACAACAUUGAAAUCAACUAGGAUGGUUAUAUCAUGACACAGAGCAAAAAGAAGAAACGGGUGAAUCGCAGUCUCCUGCUGGCCAAGAAAAUCAUCAUCAAGGAUGGCGGAACGCCGCAGGGUUUCGGGUCCCCCAGUGUUUAUCAUGCUGUCAUCGUCAUAUUUUUGGAGUUCUUCGCUUGGGGAUUGUUGACUGCACCCACACUGGUGGUUCUUCACGAAACAUUUCCGAAGCACACGUUUUUGAUGAAUGGCCUCAUACAGGGAGUGAAGGGUUUGCUGUCGUUUCUGAGCGCACCUCUGAUCGGCGCUUUGUCUGAUGUCUGGGGAAGGAAGUCGUUUCUCCUCCUCACUGUUUUCUUCACAUGUGCUCCCAUCCCUCUGAUGAAGAUUAGCCCGUGGUGGUAUUUUGCGGUCAUUUCUGUGUCUGGAGUGUUCGCUGUGACAUUCUCAGUGGUUUUUGCCUAUGUGGCCGACAUCACGCAGGAGCAUGAACGCAGCAUGGCAUAUGGACUGGUUUCAGCCACGUUUGCGGCGAGCCUGGUGACCAGCCCCGCCAUCGGUGCCUACCUCAGCCGAGCGUAUGGAGACAGUCUGGUAGUGGUUUUAGCGUCAGCGAUUGCCAUGCUGGACAUCUGCUUCAUCCUGGUGGCUGUUCCUGAAUCACUACCAGAGAAAAUGAGACCGGCGUCGUGGGGAGCGCCGAUCUCCUGGGAACAGGCUGACCCCUUUGCCUCCCUGAAGAAGGUUGGCCAGGACUCAACGGUGCUGCUCAUCUGUAUAACAGUAUUCCUGUCGUACCUCCCAGAGGCUGGCCAGUACUCCAGCUUCUUCCUCUACCUGCGACAGAUAAUGGGCUUUUCAUCAGAAAGUGUUGCUGCUUUCAUAGCUGUACUAGGAUUACUUUCAAUUGUUGCACAGACUGUAGUGUUAAGUUUACUCAUGCGUUCCAUUGGGAACAAGAACACAAUCUUGCUGGGUUUGGGCUUCCAGAUCCUUCAGCUGGCGUGGUACGGGUUCGGUUCGGAGCCGUGGAUGAUGUGGGCUGCGGGUGCUGUAGCGGCCAUGUCCAGCAUCACAUUCCCCGCUGUUAGUGCACUAGUGUCCCGCACUGCAGACCCAGACCAGCAAGGAGUGGGUCAGGGAAUGGUUACAGGAAUCCGUGGUCUGUGUAACGGACUGGGUCCGGCUCUCUACGGCUUCAUCUUUUACAUCUUUCACGUGGAGCUGGAUGAAGUUCCUGAUGGAGGUGAAGAUGUAGAGCGUCACACUCAGCUCCAUCAGCAGAGUGCUAUAAUUCCUGGUCCUCCAUUUCUUUUUGGCGCUUGCUCAGUGCUGCUAGCGCUCCUUGUGGCUCUGUUCAUCCCUGAACACACACCUCUGGGUAGCCGAACAGGAAGCUGGAAGAAACACGCCUCGGGUCACGGGCAUCAGCACAGCGCUCAGCCUCCAGAGGCCAAAGAGCCCCUGCUGCAGGACACCAACGUGUGAAAGAAAACCCUGAACAAGAGACGUGACAAAUGCGAAUCUAUAUCAAACCCAGAGCUUUAAAAAAAAAAAAAAAAAAAAAAAAAAAAAAGGCCUGUGUACAUAGAGGAACAUAUAUUUAAUGACGGUUCUGUCCAGUGGCACCGUUGCAGUGGCUUGUAUUUAUUCAUUUUAUAGUUCUUUAUCUCUUUUGCUGGUCUUUUUGUUUCUUCUUAAAAGUUGCAUUCCCAUUUUGGACAGGGCUCACUCAGGGACAUGAAGCUCGGUCAGGAGCGUUUCUGAACGCAAGCAUGCUAACCCGUACUCAUCUCACAUUAAUUGAAUAGUUCACUGAAAAAAGUCACAUGUACCCAGUGUUUCUCUCAGUGUGCCUUCACAUCUAUUAGUCUGUUUACUGAGUUGGAAUCAGAGUACAAUUCAGUCCUUUUGUUCAUUUGCUAUUUGGUUUGCUUUGCACAUAAUUAAAAUGAACCAAAUACCAAAGUGGAAAAAGUAGGGCUGAAACAUCCUCAUAAAAAUUCAAGAAUCCUUUAUAAAAACCACAGAGAACAUGGAGCCAGUGCAAAAUCAAUUCUUAGAUAACUAUACAAUAUAAAUAACCAGUUUAAUACUGUAUAUUUCUCUUUUUAAUUGCUUUAUCAGUCUUACAGUUCUGUCCUUUGGUUCAGCUUAGCAGUUCAAAUCUAUAUUAAAAAAGACGAAGAAAAAUCUGCCACCCAAAAACACACAGUAUGUUUUGUUCACCUCCUGCAGUUAAGUGCAUUCAGAAUUAAUACUCUCACUCUUUCACCACAGUUCAGCUGGAAGCAGACGGAGACACUCGGCUCAGACACUCGGGGUAAUUAGUGGGGAGAACACACCAGGGUUCCACUCAAACACUCUAAACGCUGCAUAUGUGAAAGCAUGUUAAAGCUGUAAUGUUGCCGAUCAGUGUGAGACGUGUGAAGGCUAACGUCAUGUAAAGCUCAUGGAAGUCUAUCUCACCCAAAAUAUACUCUGUAAAUUCACACUGGUCUUCAGUAAGCUUCAUAGUGAAUUAUAAAAAAAAAAAAAAAUCUGUUUACAAAUUUAAAGUGGAAUUUUGUCAUUUUAAUCCGUUUCAAAUCAUACAAAUCCAUCAUUAUCCUUUUAAAUCAGGCAACAAACAUGUCUUAUCUGACAUUAGGUAUAAGAGGGACAUUGUGUACAUUGAAAAAUCUUUCCUUUAAUGUGAUUUGUAAAAAGAUCAGCUGUUUUGAUGCCUAAACAAUUCCUUAUACAGCUUUUCCAUCCCAGUUUCAGGGCUUAAACAGAAGCUUCCAUGUGUACAUGGUUUCAUUUUUACAGCUCCUUUAUCCACAAAGAUAUGUGUAUUAUUUGUACCACUUCAGUUAUUGGUGCCUUCACUCACUAUUCUUUUUCUUUUUUUCUUUUUUGUUCAGUCCCAGGCACUACAUGUUUUGUGUUUCACCUCCAAUAACACACUUGAUCGAUCUCGUUCGAUGUAGAUAACAGUUCAGAGUAUUGGAGAAGGACACACUAACAUGUAGAGCUUUAGGAAUGUUGUGGACAGGACCGGAGUCUGUAUGUAGGAAGCGUUCAUGUUUAGGAGUUGCAGGAACUUAAUGAGGAGAAGAAUUUCAGUGGCCUUGUAUACUUUUCAGUUUUUUUUUAGACAAAAACAUUUUGACCAAAUAAAAUAGAAGUUUUUAUUGAAUGAUGGCAGGUGUGAAUUAGCUGUGUUCUGGUUAUUUAUAAUUUCUGCUUGCUUUUCUAUGUUCUUGUUAUGUUUUGCUGCCUUUUAUUUUAUUAUUGAUUUUAACAUGCAGUAAAACUGUAAUCAGCUAAGCGUGUAAAUAUGACAUGAUGUACCCUAAAACAUUUCAAUAAAAGUAUUUUUGACAUUCAA